AUGUAUUACAACGAUAAUAGUCAUUCUGCCGUUGAUCUCUCUGACGGGUUAGUUCUUUUUGCCCUAAUAUUUUUAUUUUAUUUUAGAUUGUUCAUUAACUUCAAUGAAAGGUUGGGUCAGCUGUCUCCAGAGUUGAGGGAUGUUGGGUUCUUUUUUAUGAAUCCUCUCGACAAGUAUAGGAUUCGGAGACAAUUUCCUUUCAAACUAGUCCUUCAAAUACUUAAAGCUAUAUUUGUAACUACACAGUUGGUGCUCUUCGCUGAGCUCAGAAUUUCCCAUGUUGAUUUUCUAGAUGAAACGGUGACGGUGAUGAGACACAAAUUUCUCAGAGAUUGGGGUCCAGAACGGGAUACAAUUGCAUAUCCACCUGCUGCUGGAAAAUAUUCCGUUUUUACAAGUGACCAAAUUGUUGAACAUUUUGCACAUAUUAUUAAAGCCGUAAUUUUCAGCAUUUAUUGUUUAAUAAUACAGUGGGGUGCAAAAGUAAUUGCGCGUAUAUAG